CCCCACACCAAACACCCCCAAACACACGCACUCUCUCUCUCUCUCUCUCUCUCUCUCUCCCUCUCUCUCUCAUCAAAGUUCCGUCUAGACUUUUCCUCUCAUAAACCCGAACCCUAGCGAUGGCCUCCAAAGCCAACAACUCCACUCCUAAAACCCCACAAGAACCCCACUUGAAGGCCGGCUCCCGCGUCGAGAUCAGCUCCGACGACGACGGCUUCCGUGGCUCCUGGUACGAGGGCACAGUCGUCCGCCGUGCUUCCUCUAAGAACGGUAACAAAUACUUAGUCCAGUACGAGAAACUCUUCAGUGAUGAAUCCGGCAAGAAACCUUUGAGGGAGACUCUUGAUUGUGUGCAGUUGAGGCCUGCAGCGCCUAGAGAAAAAAAGAGGAAGUUUAAGUUCGGCGAGAAGGUGGACGCGUACCAUAAUGACGGGUGGUGGGAAGGUUCCAUAACCAGCGAGAGAGAAGAUGGUAGGUUUGCGGUGUUUUUUAGGGGUACGAGGGAGCAGAUUGUGUUUGAAGAGGAGGAUUUGAGGUUGCAUAGAGAGUGGGUUGAUGGGGAAUGGGAACCACCAUUGAAAGAGGUCCAAGAGGAGAACGAAAAGGAGGAGGAACUGUUAGAGGAGAAACAGGUGGCGAAUGAAAAUGCGAAAUCGCUGAUUGCAACUGAUGUGAGGCCUAUUGAAGUAGUGUUAGAGGAGAAGUUCAACAAGGGAAUGUUAGUUGAGGUUAGCAGUGAUGAAGAAGGUUUUGAAGGUGCUUGGUAUGCUGCAACUAUUGUUGAAACGGUGGGGAAUAAUAAGUAUCUUAUUGAGUACCAGAGCUUGAGAAAAGAAGAUGAUAGCGAUUUUCUGCAAGAGGAGAUUGAUGCUUCGCACAUAAGGCCCUAUCCACCAGAAACCAUACUUAUUGAUCGCUUUAAAUUACUAGAUGAAGUUGAUGCUUCAUACAAUGAUGGUUGGUGGGUGGGUGUCAUUGCCAAGGUUCAUGCUGACAUGAAGUAUGUCGUCUACUUUAGGGACAGUGGGGAGGAAAUGGUGUUUCGACACUCUGACUUAAGGUUACAUCAGGAUUGGAUUGGUGGCCAGUGGAUCAUGCCUUCAUCGGGUGUGAGGAAGUGACUGCUGGAGGAACUGCAAUUGGGUUUUGCUACUGUUAUAAUGUUUUUAUCUGGCUUCAUACUGUAUUCUAUGGUAGAAGUGGAAGCCAAAUUUUCCUAUCUCCUUUACCUGAGAAGUUGCACAUCCUUGUUACUCUGCUAAUCUAGCAAUAGACAUGUCUAGUUUGCUUUAGGCAUGGAGCUUUCUGUAAUGCAGCAUUGAACUGCUUCAUUGUACAAUCUCGUUGAAGUGAACAUGAAAUCUUUUGCCAUGGGAAAGAAUUAUCUGUGUAUGCUCAUUCGUUCUUGUUGUGUU